AUGCGUGAAAUGGGUUAUGAACAAGAAUUAUAUAGAGGUUUUAAUGGUUUGAUGGCAUUUACGUUUUGUUUUACGGUUGUAUCUGUACUGCCGUCACUUUCAAUUGGAUUAGAUUUUGCACUGAAUACAGGUGGUAGUGGAGUGAUGAUCUGGAGUUGGAUAGUCGGCUCAUUUUUUAAUAUCUUAGUUGGACUUUCACUGGGUGAAAUAUGUUCGACUUAUCCUAAUGCAGGUAUGACUCUAGGCUUCCUCUAUUGGCGUGUCAAAGUUAUCGUUUCACACCAAGUAACAGUAACUUGAUUCUGUAGUAAGAGUGUCACCAAGAAAGUAUUUAACGGGUGACAGAUAGUAAAUGUUGGUUUUGCAAAUCUAUUUCUGUGAGUUAUACCUAAUGUAAGAACUUGAUUUUGGUGUCAAAAGAUACAAAAUACUGUACAACUUUCACAUAGAUGUUAUUGACCUGUUAUUGAUAGAUGUUAAUUCAUCAGAUUCAUUAAACCAAAUUUAUUACUAUCCGUUACGAAAUACAAUGCUCCUGACUAUUUUUUGAGUAUCUCGGUAAUGAAAUGUGGUAGAGACUUCGGGUUUUCACCAUUCAAAAGAAGAGACUUUAAGACAUAGUUUUAUAAUAGUUAUUAAUUCGGAUUAAGAUUGGAUUUCUUUUCUUUGCAUAACGUUUUAGUGUGAAACCACCUACGGUUU